UCAUGCGCUUUAAAAAUUCCUGCCUCGAUUUUGGUGUUGUGCUAAUUUUUUUUUAUAGUAAAAUAUUUUACAAAAAUAGAAUUAGCGCCGUGAAAGUAACCAAAAAAAUUAACCAAACCCCUGUCUUAUGGCACCAGUAGAGGAUAACGACAGCGGGAUGGAAUCUCAGGAAGGGUCACAAUCAAUAGAUCAGGAAGACACUACUUCAGAUUUUACCAGUAAGGAAAAGAAACAGCCCGAAAUUGACAACGGAGACGACGAUGAGCCAGAUGAGACUUUGGCAGAGCGACUGUGGGGGCUGACAGAGAUGUUCCCAGAAUCUGUUAGAAACGCAACAUAUGCCACUGUGGUGAAUACACAAGCAGGGAUAAAAUUAGCAUACAGUUUUUCACGUAGUGCGUUGUGGGUAGUGUUUAGCACUUCAAUUGUUUUGUUUGCCCCAGUAAUAUUUGAAGUAGAAAGAGCACAAAUGGAGGAAAUGCAGAAAAACCAACAGAAACAGUUGCUCUUAGGGCCGAAUUCUGCGAUUUCUGGAGGAGUGCCACCUCCAAUCUUACCCCCUCUUCAGCAACAAAGAUAAAAGCCAGAAAGCUUUUAUAGACUUAACAUGUUUUUUUUGUUUGUGCAACGGGAUUGUAAAAUUGGCUGUAAUUACGUAAACUAAAUUACAAUCAGUUGUAUGUUAUUGCGUUUUUUAAUGCUAUAAUGUGUUGAAUGUUUAUAUAAUAGAAAAAUAAAGUAGA